ACCAGCUUUCACCACCAGGAGAACGAACAGCACUGCCCUGGUCGCCCGAAGUGGACGACGGUGUUGCUGCUGUGGUUACUGGUGCUGCAGUGAUGGUUAUUAGAAACACAUAAAAACUGACUGCUUGAUCCGAGUAAUUCUACAAAACAGUCGUGCGCUGCAAAGAUUGAUAAAAGUGACCAAUUCGACGAAUCAUAGAAAACGUGGUGGUGGUGGUGUAGAAAAUGAAGGAGGAUGAAGUGCAGGUUGUGGCGGGCCCCGACCACCAACACUUCCGGGAGGUCCUGCAGGCCUUCGUGCAGGACUUCUCCCUCCGCCAGGCGGCCGGGGAGAACAAGAUCCGCGAGAUAGAGAGGAAACUCAACGACACCACCGGGGAGCUCCACCUUCAAAGGAGCCUCCUUGAGGACUACGAGACGAAAAUCAACGACGAUAACACCUUAAUCCUGAGACUGCAGCACGAGCUAGAGGCCCUGCAGGGGAGAGUGAAGACCUUGGACAAGAAGAACAGCCAGACGGUGUCUCUCAGCAGCAGACUGGAAGUUCGCCUGGAGAACUUGAAGGAUUGCUUGGCGCAGACCUGCAGCGACACCCAACAGAGCGUCAGCAAACUUCUGGGUAACUUUGCCAAGAUUCACUUGUCUGAGGAUUACGUCAGACGCGGGGAUCUGAAGCCAAGUAAAGGCGCUCAGGAGGAUGGGAGAGACGUGUGUGUAAGUGAGAAGAAUGUCCCCGUUCUUGCCCAGAAUGGUUACUCAAGUGAAGGAGGUUCUCUCGAUGACACAGAGGCUGAUGUAAUGGUGGGCAAUAAGUCGAGCUCUGAGUUAAACGAAACUAGAGAACUCGUAGUAAAGUCCAUAGAUUCGCGCCAGUUUUCAGCAGACUCGCCGUCACACGCGUUCCAACAAUGUUCCGUGGCGCACGAAAGGAAUAUCUCUACGAACGACGAUUCGACGAAGAACGAAGGUGCGUCGAUCGAUUUUACUUCAGCGAACGACAUAUCCCCAUCGACAGGUGACAUUCAUUCCUCCAGCGAUGCCAAAUCUUCCAUAAUCGACACGAGCAGUUGUCAACACGACGCUGUUACCGAAAACUCUAACAACAUUGCUAUUAACAGUGGCAACACGUCCAGCAUUGACAGUCAUGCUAAAGGCAAUUCCUCCCAAGAUGGCAGUGAUUUAACAGACAACACCCCUCCCAACAUUACGCCUGACACCUGCCAAUCUCUUGCUAAACCCUGUUCCUCAGAUAAAAUUCCCUCUGGAGACACCGCACUUACCCCAACAACGCCCACAUGUGAAACACCCAAACCCGAAAAUUCCUCUCCCAGUGGCACCAUUGUCCAGUCAGGCGACAGCGCGAAUAUUCCAGCCGCAUCUGUGAGUGAAACAACUAAAACCGAAAAUUCCUCUGCCACUGGCACCGACGCUCCCAAGGGCAAUAGGGAACAAGGCUCCUCCAGAGGGACUAGGGGAAAGAGGGCCUACCGGGGCAGCAGAGGCCAAGGCCCUAAUAGAAGCAACAGGAACUACCGCACCACAAGUUUCAGCGAAGAUCAGGGAGGCUCACACAGAAAGCCUCGUACUUACAGCUACGGCGAAGAACAUUCCAACAGAACACGACGUACUACUAGCACGAGUGAAGAACAAGGUGGCUAUAACACCACGAGGCGUCGCACCACCAGCUUUAACGAAGAACACGUAAAUACUACCAGGAAGGGGCACACGACGACCUACAGCGGAGAACAGGGGAGACGCAACAGAAAGCCUCGUGCUAGUGUUAAUGGAGAUCAAAGAAAAUCAGAAACCACGAAAGAACAAUCAAACUCCCAGAGCAUUGAUGAACCAGUCGCCACCGAGAACACAGAACAAAUAAAGAAUAAGGGCAACGAGGAACAAAUAAAGAAUAAGGGCAACGAGAAACAAACAUACGCCCAAGUUACGACAAAAUAUAUCAAAAGACACACAAACAAACAGGACAAGGGAGAACAAAACACGCAGAAAGAACAAGAAGAAGCAAGUCCACAGGGCAAAGCUAACGAACCCCCUACGAAAACAAGAGACGAUCGGGCGUGUCAUAACAAAGAGAAACAAAGAGACUCGCAGGAUAUCAGAGAACAUGUGGCCAAAAGUGACAUCGGUGAUCAUCUGACUCCUUCCCAGGUUGGUGAAGAGCAUGUGACACCCCCGACGCCUGAAGAUCAAUUAACACCUCAUAAUAGUGUAAACAAGACGCCAACACGAUGGAAUGGAGAACUACAAUCAGGUCAGAACAGUGAAAGUGAGGCACUCAAACAGCAGAGUGAAGAAGAACAGUCUACGUGUCAGAAUAACGAAGAACAGCUAUCAUCCCAAAGAGAACAAGUUGAUUCCUCUGUCAGUAUAAGUCAGGCGUCCUAUGGGAACAGUGACGAACAAACACCUACCCAGGAGAGUCAAAAACAAACACUAACCCAGGAGAGUCAAGAACAAACACUAACCCAGGAGAGUCAAGAACAAACACUAACCCAGGAGAGUCAGGAACAAACACUAACCCAGGAGAGUCAGGCACAAACAAUAACCCAGGAGAGUCAAGAACAAACACUAACCCAGGAGAGUCAAGAACAAACACUAACCCAGGAGAGUCAAGAACAAACACUAACCCAGAAGAGUCAGGAACAAACACUAACCCAGGAGAGUCAAGAACAAACAUCAACCCAGGAGAGUCAGGCACAAACACAAACCCAGGAGAGUCAAGAACAAACACUAACCCAGGAGAGUCAGGAACAAACACUAACCCAGGAGAGUCAAGAACAAACAUCAACCCAGGAGAGUCAGGCACAAACACAAACCCAGGAGAGUCAAGAACAAACACUAACCCAGGAGAGUCAGGAACAAACACUAACCCAGGAGAGUCAAGAACAAACAUCAACCCAGGAGAGUCAAGAACAAACACUAACCCAGGAGAGUCAAGAACAAACACCAACCCAGGAGAGUCAAGAACAAACACCAAACCAGAAGAGCCAAGAACAAACACCAACCCAAGAGAGUCAAGAACAAACACCAACCCAAGAGAGUCAAGAACAAACACCAACCCAGGAGAGUCAAGAACAAACACCAACCCAGAAGAGCCAAGAACAAACACCAACCCAGAAGAGCCAAGAACAAACACCAACCCAAGAGAGUCAGCCAAGAACAAACACCAACCCAGAAGAGCCAAGAACAAACACCAACCCAGAAGAGCCAAGAACAAACACCAACCCAGAAGAGUCAAGAACAAACACCAACCCAGAAGAGCCAAGAACAAACACCAACCCAGGAGAGUCAAGAACAAACACCAACCCAGAAGAGCCAAGAACAAACACCAACCCAGAAGAGCCAAGAACAAACACCAACCCAGGAGACGAAAAAGCGAGUUCUCAGGAUGAUGGAGAACAAACAACCUCGAAGAACGUUGGAGAACAGGAACAACAACAGUCGGUUAGAACGCGAGAUCGGCGAGUGACAUUCCAACGAUCGGAGGCCAAGGCUAAGGAUGUAAACAAAAGCCAACGCCUCCCCGACAACGCGGUAAACACUCCGCAGCGAACAGCACGUGGCGACUCGCAGGAUGCUGGCGACAUAGCGACGACACCAAACAAAACGAAGAACACAGGAGCAAGGCAAAAGAAAGCUAAGAAUAAACAGAAGCAAGCUAAGAAAGAGGAGACUGAUGUGACGGAAGACAGAUCCAAGGUGUCGUCGGAGAAGGAGGAGUCGCCAGCUGCAGCAGAUCUUCCUGGACUCCGACGUCGAAGCUUCAGGUCAUCAUAUGUUCAUGAGAGCGUUUGA